AUGCGCUUCCGCUUCGGGGUGGUGGUGCCGCCCGCCGCGGCCGGGCCGGCGCCCGAGCUGCUGCUGGUGGGCUCGCGGCCCGAGCUGGGGCGCUGGGAGCCGCGCGGGGCCGUGCGCCUGCGGCCCGCGGGGACGGCGGCGGGCGCGGGCGCGCGGGAGCCGGGCCUGUGGCUCGGGGAGGUGGAGCUGGCGCCCGCGGAGGCGGCGCGGGACGGCGCGGCGCCGGGCCGCGUGGACCCCUUCUGGUACAAGUUCCUCAAGAGGGCGCCCGGAGGAGAGCUCUGCUGGGAAGGCAAUGGGCCUCACCACGACCGGUGCUGCACUUACAAUGAAAACAACUUGGUGGAUGGCGUUUAUUGUCUUCCGAUAGGACACUGGAUCGAGGCCACUGGGCACACCGAUGAGAUGAAGCACACAACAGACUUCUAUUUUAAUAUUGCAGGCCACCAAGCCAUGCAUUAUUCAAGAAUUCUACCGAAUAUCUGGCUGGGUAGCUGCCCUCGCCAAGUGGAGCACGUAACCAUCAAACUGAAGCAUGAAUUGGGGAUUACAGCCGUAAUGAAUUUCCAGACAGAAUGGGAUAUUGUACAGAACUCUGCAGGCUGUAACCGCUACCCAGAACCCAUGACCCCAGACACAAUGAUUAAAUUAUACAAGGAAGAAGGCUUGGCCUACAUCUGGAUGCCGACCCCAGACAUGAGCACCGAGGGCCGAGUACAGAUGCUGCCCCAGGCGGUGUGCCUCCUCCACGCGCUGCUCGAGAACGGCCACACCGUGUACGUGCACUGCAACGCGGGCGUGGGCCGGUCCACGGCGGCCGUCUGCGGCUGGCUCCAGUACGUGCUGGGCUGGAGCCUGAGGAAGGUGCAGUAUUUCCUCAUGGCCAAAAGGCCCGUGGUGUACAUCGAUGAAGACGCCUUGGCCCGGGCAGAAGAAGAUUUUUUUCAAAAAUUUGGGAAGGUGCGUUCUUCCCUCUGCAGUGUGUAGCUGGCCGAUCUGUCUCCCCUCCCUCGCCAUUUCCUUAAAAAGCCUAGGGUGAUGUUAGCCAAGUGGCCUAGAAACACAGCAUCUCCUGGAACUGAAAAGACUGCCGACUUCUCCCCCAACCUGCCACAUUUAGUCUGCGGCUGACUUGCUGUUCCCCUUUGAUUGGGCUGUAUCUUCUUUGAAAUCUUUUACAUAGGAAGCUGUGACUGACACAGGAGAAAAGGCCACAAGCGGCUGGCUGUGCAGUGUUGGUCUAGCAUCAGACGGAAAGGUGACGUGUGGGGUUCCUGCUGCCUGCAGGCAGACCAGCCCUCUGCUUUACAGAUGCUGCGUUAGCGGUGUUAUGAAUUCACGGCCGCGCUUUCUUGUUGCACUGUAGCGUGGCAUGCGGAAGAAAAGAUGGGGAGUUAUGUAGACUUCAUCACUUGUGUGUGUGCACAUACACACACACACACACACACACACACACAGCUUUUCUAAUGGACUGAAAUGAAAUUAUAAAAUGAGAGCUGGUCAGUUGCCAAAGAAGGGGAGAAGAGCGGAAGCCUGGAUUAUGACUAAAUAAGAGCUCAACAUGACCAAAAAGCAGUGGCUUUUUGCAUCCUUCUCCACAGUUGUUCAAGUGUGUCCCAAGGCAUCACCUUCCUUAUCUACCCAACAACGCUGUGUGACAAGCAAAGUAGAGUUAUUGUCUCUGUUUUAAUUGAUGCUCAAUGAGCAGAGAGAGCUUGCCCAAGGUCUCAUGGUUAGUCAGAGACGAGCUGGAAUUUGUAACCCAUGUUUAUUUGACUCAGUGCUUUUUCAACACACCUUGUUGUUUUUCCAGCUUAUUAUAGUAAAUUCAGUUCCUCUCUCUCAGAGUCAAGUCGAUAUUUCUGCAGCAGUUUCCACAGUGAGAAAUGAACAGUGUUCUGAUCAGUUGCUAAAGAAUUUAGGAAAGUAUUAUAUUUUGUACAGCCUAAUGUAAAACAUGGUGGGCUGUAUCGAGGCCAAAGUGGCUUGAAUCGUAGCUCAUGGGAGGAGCUGUGUUAUCAAAAGAGCUCAAAGAGCCCAAACCAUAGAUCAUUGUCCCACGGCUUAGGAGCCAUCCUGGUUCAGCCCUCAACUUAACACAAUACACAGUCACUGUGCCUCCAGAAUAUGUAAUUCACUACCCUAGAUUCUACAGGAAAUACCAAGAUGAAUGAGACUGUGCCUUCCAAAAGCUUAUAGCCCAGACACAGCCCUGUGUUCAGUCCACUAUAGUGCAGGCUUGAACUGUGGAUGAUACUAGAAUGAGAGAAGGGGAAGCGACUUGUAUCGUAUGCCUCUUACGUGCUGAGUGCUUACAAUCUGAUCCAAUUUAAUCCUCACCGUACCCUACGGGGAAGGGUUCACGAUCUCCAGGUAUAGAUGAAGAAACUAAGGCUCAGAGAAGUUAAGUCAACUGUCCAGGAUCUCAUGGUGAAUAAAUAGAUGAAAUGAGAUACAAAGCAAGGUCUGUCUGACUCAAAGCCCAUACUUUUUCUAUUAAACUACAAUGCUUGUAUCUUUUUCUGCUGCUUCUUUCCUUCCAUAAAUAUUUUUCAAUAGAUAUGAGAGACUCUGAUUUAGGAAGUAGGAGGGAUAAAAAGGAUGCAGGGUAAGUUCCAGUGGAGUUCAGAGGAGGGAGAGAUGUUAUAAGACUAUAACUGUGGGACUCAGGGGAGACAGCAUUGAGAAGGCUGGACAGGACACGUUUCUCCUAUAAUUUUACAAAAUUAAAUUCAUAAGCCAGGAUUGAAUAAUAUGAGGUCCUGCUCCCUCACUAAAAAUCACUGUUGUAUUAAAGUAACCCAUUUAUAGUCAUAAUGUGUUGUGUAAAAUUUAAUUUUAAAAACAGAAUAUUUCUAAUUACGUACAUUUUUGUCUGUGUGAGUGUGUGAAUUUCCUUAAUGUCUAAAAAGUCCAGCUAUGUAAUUUCCACUACAGAAAGACCAUUGUAGGUGGAUUUGUCCCUUUUUGCUCUGAUGGGCAAAAUCAGUUUAGGGCCAUUAAAGAAUGUUCUGGAAUAACCUCUCUUGCCCUCAAUGAAUGGGAUGUCCAAUGUAUUUCAAAAUCACCUGGAACUUUUGCUAAAUAAAAGCU